AUGACCUUCCAGCUUGCCGCCAAGGCCGAGCGCGCCAUGCGCGAGUCGGACGAGGACGAGCCAUUCCAUGAGUUGGACUCGUCCAGCGACGAGGACGAGGCGCCCGACUCGAACAAGGGCGCGUCGCCCCGGGCCUCCAAGCUGCGCUCGUCGGGAGGAGGUGCUCGCGGAACCAAGGGCACGCUGUGCGGCAUCCUCGACCUCCCGCUCGACGUCCUCGCCGGCAUCUGCGAGCACCUCGACCUCGAGACGCUCUUCCACCUGUCCCGCCUCAACAAGCGCUUCUUCAAGUUUCUCCGCGGCAACUCGACCCUGUCGUACCUGUGGGAGUGGGCGCGCGAGGAGAGCGGGCUGCCCGAGCUCGCGGCGCCGUGCUUCUCGACCGUCGAGUUGGCCAACCUCCUGUUCAGCAAGUACUGCCAGAACUGCGCGAGGACGACGCCCAAGGCCGACUUCCUGCUGCGCGUACGCCUCUGCCAGGCGUGCUCGAAGAACCUGAUCUGGGACGACCGCGACCUCGACUUCCCCUUGGACAACUUCGCCGACACCGCCUUGCGAAGGUUCGGGCCGCACGCGCAAGCACACCGAGUACCUGAUCCGCGACCUCGACUUCACGCCGACUGCAAGAGGCGCUGGAUCAAGGCCGGCGUCCACAACGUCAUCCGCAUCGAGAAGGGCGCGGGCUUCAUCGAGUCCGGCAAGGACUACACGUUCCAGGAGUUCAAGGACCGCUGCUUCCAGGUCAGCAUCUUGCGCGACCAGGACGGCGACGCCAUCAUCGAGUGGCAGCAACAGCGCGUCAUCGAGCAGGACAAGAUUCGCCAAGCUCGUCGUGUGCAGCGUCGCGAGGCGAUCGAGGCGCGUCUCGUCGAGCGUGGGUGGCAGCCUCACCACCCCGAGUGGAAGGCGCACUCGCUCGUCAACAUGGCGAGGGACCUCAACGACAAGAUCUGGUCCUCGAUCCGCGGCAAGCUCGAGACGUUCCUGCAGGCGCAAGAGGCCGAGCGUGACGCGGCGCACAUCGCAGUCGUCCAGGAGCGCCGGCUCUUCGAGGUCGAGCAGGAGCACACCGGCCUCGUCGCCGACCGCCAGCUGGCGACCUCGCUCGGCCUGUACCCGCUCCCGCCCUGGUCCGAGUUCGGCCAGCUCGCCGUCGUCAAGAAGCUGUGGCACGUCGAGACGAUCGACGAGGCGUACGAGGACGACUACCCGACGAUCGUGACCGAGGCGAGCGCCAUCGCCGACGAGCUGUCGGCCCUGCACGCCGCGUUCAAGUCGGGCCUCGUCAACCAGUUCGUCGGCAUCUUGUCGGCCUUUGAGCAGGUGCCUGUCGCGAUCCAGUCGAUCCUCGAGCCUGCCGACCCGUCCGGCUUCAGCGCCGACGAGGAGGACGUGAUUGUCGGCCUCGCGUGCUGCGCCCUCACGUGUGGCACCUGUUCGCUCGUCGACGUCUUCCCGCGCAUCCUCGCCCACAAGUGCAAGCAGAACUGGCCUCCCGCUCUCGUCCCGGCCUCGUGCAGCCUGGCCCAGUACAAGGUCAAGGAGGCGGGCAUCGCCGCCGUUCUGAGCCUGCUCGCCGCCGGCAAGCUGGACGCCGACGCGCCCUGCUCGGAGCUCGACGCCCUUGGCUCGACGUUCACGUGCUUGUGCGGGAGCAACAUCAGCGCCGAGGCCGUCCCUUGGCAGAACAUGGUGGAACACAUCAUGUUGUACCACGGCAAAGGACAAGCGGUGUGGGACGACGUCGUCGCCGAGUCGAGGCAGGAGGCCCUCGAGCGCGUCUUCAAGAAGCACGAGAAGAACUUGCGCUGGGCGGGCAGGUACGGCGGCGACGACGGCGCGUGA